GGCUUGCGGGCCUUUCAAACAUGGAGGAGCGCGAGUGGGGGGCGAGGUCGGCUCGCGCCGGCAGCCCAGCCAGCCCGCCCAGCCCGCGGCUGGACGUCAGCUCCUACAGCUUCGACCCGCUGCUGGCCUUGUACGCGCCGCGCCUGCCGCCCAUUCCUUACCCCAACGCGCCCUGCUUCAACAACGUGGCGGAGUACGAGAGCUUCCUGAAGGGCGGGCGCACCGGGCGCGGUCGGGCUCGGGGCACCGGGGAGCCGGCCUCGGCGGGAACCUCCACCGGAACCUCCACGGGAGCCGGAACCUCCACGGGAGCCGGAACCUCGUCCAGGGCCCGUCGCCGCGCCGCGCCCACCCCGGAUCCCGAGCGCAUCCAGCGCCUGCGCCGGCUCAUGGUGGUCAAGGAGGACACGGACGGCACGGCCGGGGCGCGACGCCAGGGCCCGGGGCGCAGCAAGAAGGCACCCCGCAAUGUGCUCACGCGGAUGCCCUUGCAUGAAGGCAGCCCUCUGGGUGAGCUGCACCGCUGCAUCCGAGAGGGAGUGAAGGUGAACGUCCACAUCCGCACUUUCAAGGGGCUUCGCGGGGUCUGCACUGGCUUCCUCGUUGCAUUCGACAAGUUCUGGAAUAUGGCCCUCACAGAUGUGGAUGAGACCUACCGUAAACCUGUCUUAGGCAAAGCAUAUGAACGGGAUUCCUCGCUGACUCUCACUAGGCUGUUUGAUCGGCUGAAACUCCAAGAUUCCUCCAAAAAGGAAGCCGAUUCCAAAUCAGCUGUUGAGGACUCCACACUGUCUCGAUACUCACAGACAUCCACGUGGAAGGUGGCUUCGGUGUGGGGACGAGGAGACACUGACCGGGGCUCACACAGGCGCUCCCGCUCCGUCCCUUCUUCCCUGCAAGCAUCUGCAAGGGAGGAGUCCAGGUCUGAGCUGUCAGGGAGGACUACACGGACAGAAGGGUCCAGUGUGGGAGGUACCUUCUCCAGGGCCACCACCCUGUCACGGGGCCAGUCCCGUAAGAAAAAGCGAAAGCCCAAGGUGGAUUACCAGCAGGUAUUCACUCGGCACAUAAAUCAGAUUUUCAUCCGAGGUGAGAAUGUCCUGCUGGUUCAUCUGGCACAGUGAGCAGCUCAGCCCCACUUGACCUUUGGGUUUUAGAAAUAAAGUGCAUGAACUGUUCUUACGCUAUCUCCUAGUACCCCAAACAGUGUGAGUCAAAGUGAUUCCCGUUGGUCCUGCCCAUGCAGAGCACAGAGCUGGCUCACCCUCUGGAAGGACAGGUCAGCAGUACUAACCAGGCAAAAGCCAUUCACAGGCCAUGCUCUGACGGGCUGCUGCUGGCUGUUCCACAGUCUCAAGCAUAAGCACUUCGCUUUGACUUAGGGUCAUAGUACAAGUGGAAUCCACUCUGUGAAAACCUCAGAAAUGUCUGAGAAGGAGUCAUUUCAUUUCUAAAAGCUAGUGCUCUGAGCACCGUGAGUUUGAUCUCAUGAUGGUCAUGUUUGAGUGGUGUAAAUUGCCCAAGAUCCUGAACCCAUAUCUUGGAACUGAUCUUUGUUCUACAUCAUUCUCUCUUGAUCAAGAAAUGAAAUUUCUUAUCUUUGGAUAUUAAUAAGGUCUAGGAAAGUUACCAGCUUAUGAAGGAGUGAGGCUCGGCUAGGUGGUUGCUCAAAGCAGCCAGUGGUAACCUCUCUGCUCUGACCCCUCUCCCCAUGGGAAGGCAUGCAGAAGCCUGUCUUCCCUCACCAGAGGUGGCCUCUGCACAUGGCACACCAGAUGGGACUGUACCGCACUCAUGUUGUCCUCUCCGACUCCUGUGGCAUGGUGCUAGUGCAUGUGACCUGUGCUGUCACCCCAUGUGUUCUGUGUGCCCUGUCCUGAUGUGCCCUUCGUGUCUGACUUCAGAGAGUUCUACAUGAACUCAGUAAUACGCAUCUCUCACAUGGCUGAGAGUCACCUUUCCAGGCGGGCCUGGCCUUGUGUAGAAAGUCUCUCAGAAUGGUGUUACUGAGAAAGAGGGGUCGUGCUUUUACUCCCUGUGUCAAGCCAGUGAGGUUCUUAAAAAGAUGGGUGUGUCCUAAGGACACUUGACUCCCAUUACUGCUUGAGUGUCAGGAAUACCAAAGGACCCAGGGGUGCCCCUACUUGAAUUAUGUCACUGUAUGCUUUUCAGUCACUAGUACAGAAUGGGCUACAUCUUGACAUAGACUGUUAGGCACUAUUGACUUACAAAGGUUUGUUUAUACUUGCUCUAUCUUAGAUAACUUAUGUUCAAAGGGAGAAUGAGAAAUAGCUAGCUAGUUCAAAUGUAUGUAUGAAUAGAACAUUUCCCCUGCUGGGUUUGUGAAUAGCUUUGAUAAACCCUCUGAGAAGCAGGGUAAAUUAAGUUUAGGGGGCUGGGACACUUGGCUCUUCUGUUAGCUGGACCACUGCCUCAUCAGACAUUGAAAAGUCAGCAGAUGUGCCUCAGUUUCCCCAUCAGACACCUACCUCACCAGGGCAUUGUGGCAGAAUUUUAGGAAGGCAUUCUACAGCCUCUAAGCAUAUCUAAGUGCCAUGAAUAAAUUUUCCUUUCUCUAUAGCAUAGCUCUGUAAAACUUGUCCAGUGAGCGAGGCAGGUGCUGUAUGAGGAAGGGACCUUCCAGCUGCCGUUUCUGGUCCUGUAGCCGUCAUCAGAGGCUGUGAUGGAGCUUCAGCAGCUGCUUUCCCUGGUCUGUUCCUUCCUCUAGAAAGAAGCAGGAAUUCUCAGAGGAACACCUUCAUCUAGGAGAAAGUGACUUUGUCUCUGCUGCUGCCCCACAUCCCGGGCCUGCUUUUCAAGGGUGUCUGUUCUGGUACUGAAGGGAGAAAAUGCAUCUAAAAACAGCAUUGUUCCCCAGGGGGAUUUGUGGGCUUCUUCUCUUCUCACUUUGUCUGUUUUAUUUCUGGUUGAAUCUGAGUUUGAGGGCAGGGCAGGUGCACUGGGGUCUGUGGAAGCUCUGGGUAAAGACUUGAACUCAAAGCUCUUUGAUCCUGAAGUCUAAAUUCUCCUCUGUCUCCUGGGCCAGCGCCAGGCUUGUUCUCAAGUCAGCAGUUGCUUUGUUCACUCAUCAGUCUGGAGUGCCUCUGUCUCCAGCAGUGCUCCCCGAGUGGCAGUGCUCCCCGAGUGGCAGUGCUCCCCGAGUGGCAGUGCUUCCCCCAUCUACCCUUUUGCCCCUUAGCUAGAAGCUGGAAUGGAUGCUCUUCCCCCUGACUAUGUAGAAAUGUGCAAACAGAAGGAAUAGAACAAAUUCUGUCCAUCCUAGUGAACCUCCUGGUGCCGAUUUCAUGUUGUCAUAUAGCUCUCCCAUAUUUCCAUAAGGAUUGAUUCAUAAUUUUCCCCUCAAUAUGACAACUCUCUCUGUGAAGAUUAUCUUUAAAUUGUAUGUGUUCUAUCUUUAGAUCCCCUCCAUUUAUUUGUUUAAUUUGGAUGAUGAUUCUGAAAUGAAUACUCUCUAGGAAAUGUGCAAUUUCAUGCAAAGCAUGGUAAUUAUUUUUAGAAAAAAUCAAUUUAAUAAAUUAUUGCCUUUAGCAUUGGAACAGUUUUCAAAAAUAAAGGAAAAUAGGUCUUAAUAAUGUAUUGCUUCUCCAAAACGGUAUCACAUAUGUCAUCUGGGAGUCGCUGUACUGUCUGGGGGGAUGGGGACUGGGGAACCGGGCUGGGGGCUUCAUGGUGGGCCCUGUGUUUUGUUCAUGAGCUCCUGAGUUGAGUGCCUGGCAUGGAUUAAUCACUAGCUGAAGUUUUCCUGAUGAGAAAAGAAGAACCCAGGGAGAGGGGUUGAUGAGGUCAU